CCUGCCUCCCUGGAGCGGCCAUGUCCGAAGGGGAGAGCAAGGACAGCUCGGGCAGCGAGUGCCCCGUGUGCUACGAGAAGUUCCGCGACCUGGAGGGCGCCAGCCGGACGCUGAGCUGCGGCCACGUGUUCUGCCAUGACUGUCUGGUCAAGUACCUGCUCUCCACCCGCGUGGACGGGCAGGUCCAGAGGACCAUCGUCUGCCCCAUCUGCCGCUACGUCACCUUCCUCAGCAAGAAGAGCUCCCGCUGGCCCUCCAGGCUGGACAAGAGCGCGCCCCCAGCGCCCCGCUCCACCAGGUCCUUCUGCUGCCGCUCCCGGGCCCUCCUGCUCAUCACCCUCAUCGCCGUGGUGGCGGUGGUCGCUGCCAUCUUGCCCUGGGUGCUGCUGGUGAGGAAGCAGGCGUGAG